GAGUCCAUAUCAUUGUUAUGAAACUAACAAAACGACACAGCUUCCGCCAUUUAUUCUCCGUUUUACCCCUCAGUUCCAUAAUUGCGUUUAAUCGCUUUUAUUUGGUUUUUCCGUCUUAAGGCUUCAUUCAUUCAGCUUCUCCACUCAUAUCUCCCCAAAAGCCUUUGUUUCUUUCUGCUUAUGGAAGGCCCUUAAACUUUCUCACUCUGCUUCACUUUCUCGCUUUAGCAUUUUCUUACGAAAAAUUUCCACAAAAUCAGUACCAGUUUUCUUCUGUCUCUGAUCUACCAAAACUCGCUUCCUUAGUUUGUGGCAGGUUGGUUUGAUUGUGUUUGGAGUGUGAUGUCGCCGCCGGCGGUGGUAACAGAGGAGGAUGGGCUGAGCAAGGUGUCGUCGACUGUAGCUUCUGGUUCUUCGCAGUCCUUGGAUUGUUUCUCUCAGAAUGGGGCUGGAUUGAAAGAAAGGAAUUACUUAGGGUUGUCUGAUUGCUCAUCAGUGGAUAGCUGUGCUUCUACUGUGCCAGGCUUGGGUGAUGAGAAAAAGGAGAACAUGAAUUUGAAGGCUACGGAGUUGAGGCUGGGUCUUCCCGGGUCACAGUCACCUGAAAGGGAUCCGGAUCUUUUCUCUUUAAGCUCAGCAAAGCUCGACGAGAAGCCACUGUUCCCUUUGGUUCCUACUAAAGACGGGAUUUGCUUGUCGUCCCAGAAAACUGUUGUUUCCGGCAACAAGAGAGGUUUUGCUGAUACCAUGGAUGGGUUUUCUCAGGGGAAGUUUACUGGUAAUACGGGGAUGAACGCAAUGCUAUCACCUAGGCCUUCUGGUGCUCAGCCUUCUGCAAUGAAAGAAAUUCCAAGCAAGUUGCAAGAACGGCCUUGUUCAGCUAAUAAUGGAACCAGUCAUAACCAUACAGGUGCUUCUAUAAGUGGCAGUGCACCGGCUUCUAAGGCACAGGUUGUCGGUUGGCCUCCUAUAAGAUCAUUUAGGAAAAACUCCAUGGCCACCACAUCCAACAAGAACAAUGAUGAAGUGGAUGGAAAACCAGGUGGUGGUGCUCUCUUCGUGAAGGUCAGCAUGGAUGGUGCUCCCUAUCUUAGGAAAGUAGAUCUAAGAAGUUAUUCAACAUAUCAGGAGCUAUCUUCUGCACUUGAGAAGAUGUUCAGCUGUUUUACCUUAGGUCAGUGUGGUUCCCAUGGAGCUCCAGGAAGAGAAAUGUUGAGUGAGAGUAAGCUGAGGGAUCUUCUGCACGGUUCAGAGUAUGUCGUCACUUAUGAAGAUAAAGAUGGAGACUGGAUGCUUGUAGGGGAUGUACCAUGGGAAAUGUUCAUUGAUACUUGCAAAAGGCUGAAAAUUAUGAAGGGUUCUGAUGCCAUUGGCUUAGCUCCCAGGGCCAUGGAAAAGUCCAAAAGCAGGACUUAGGGUAUUCGGAACUGCCUCCUUUUGUCUAAUCAAAGCUUUAUUACUGGAUCCGGAGUGGGAAAAAAAGGAAGAUGACUGAAUUCCCUGAGAUUAAUGGUUUAACGCCCUUCAGCUGUUGUUUUUAUGUUUUCGAGUCCCUUAAGAGUUUUUCUUGGUCUUGUGUUAAUUUGUUACCACUAUAAUAUCAUAUGAAGCUACUUGGAAGAUUAGUAUUUGUGGAGUCUGUAAUCAUUAUAGGAAUCUGUUUGUUUUGAUGAAUCGAAUAUCUGUUACUGCCAUCACACGGUUCUAACACUAUGUUUGUGAUUUGUGUCUCA